AGUUAAUCGCUUGUCGAUUUAACGAUAUAAUAGUUACAAUAGCAAAAAUCGAAUGAAACGUCAUCGCUACUCGAUUAUCUCUUUUAAAUAUGGCGGAAUUACCGAAUAGUUUAAUGUCUGAUAAAUUUCUUCAAGAAAAGAAUUUAAGUCAAGAUAAAAUGGAUAGUCCGGAAGCAGAUAGAGAUAUCAGUAUUGUAAAUGAAUCAAAUCCUUUACAAAAGAAUGAAAAUAGCAGACUUUUGAAUUCCUUUUUAGUUACAACACCUGAUUCGUUGAACAAUUCUGCAUCUCCCGAAGUAGAAAAUCUAGACAAGUUAAUCAGCGAUAAAAAUGUAGAAUCUGGAAUUGAAAUUUCUAAUUCUCAUUCUGCAGAACAUAUAGUGGAUGGUCCUUCCCUUACAGAUGAAGCAGUAGAUAGUAUAAAUUCUUCAUUGAGCGAAUCGCUACAAAAAGAUACUUGUGCAGACGAACGGCAUAAAAUAAACGAAAGUAAUUCCCAGUCGAACGAUAAAAACGAUAUUGUCAAUGCUUCUACAGUUGAAAUUAUUGAAUUUCUAGAAGAAGAAACAAGUUGUCUAUCUUCAGAUGAAAAUGAGAUGGAUGGAAGUGGUUCAGAAUCUGACUUAGAAGAUAAUGCCGAACUGGAUGAUGAUCCAAGAUGUCAUUUCCAAAAAGUGUGGAGAAUUCGUGAAGAAAAUCCAACGUUACCCGAAACAGUCACGUUACUGAGAACACCAGAGGGAAGCAAAGUUUAUUUAGUCGGAACGGCACAUUUUAGUUUAAGUAGUCAAGAGGAUGUUGCAACAACUAUCAGAGCAACUCAGCCAGACAUUGUAAUGGUAGAACUCUGCAAAAGUAGAGUGAAUAUUCUUUCAUUAGAUGAAAAAACAGUUUUAGAAGAAUCUAAGAAUAUGAACUUAGAAAAAUUGAGAGCCGCAGUAAAACAGAAUGGCUUAAUACAAGGAGUAAUGUAUCUACUUUUGUUGAGUAUGUCUGCACACUUAACUAAACAGUUGGGUAUGGCACCGGGAGGAGAAUUUCGUAGAGCUUUUUCUGAAGCUAAAAAAGUACCUGGCUGUUUAGUCCAAUUGGGUGAUAGGCCCAUCCAGAUAACAUUACAAAGAGCUUUAUCAUCACUGUCUUGGUGGCAAAAGUUACGUCUGGCAUGGUACAUGUUAACAUGCAAAGAACCGAUAAGCAAAGAAGAAGUAGAAAAAUGUAAGAAGAAAGACUUACUGGAAGAGAUGUUAGCAGAAAUGACUGGUGAAUUUCCAGCACUUAGUCGAGUCUUCGUUAAAGAGAGAGACAUCUAUUUAGCUUAUUCACUAAAAUUAGCUGCCAGUCCACUAAAUUCUUCAUCAGCCAGUACAGUUGUUGGUGUGGUGGGAAUAGGUCAUGUUCCUGGCAUUGUAGAGAAUUGGGAUAAAGUUACUGAGUCUGAUAUCCUUCCAAUAUUGAAAAUUCCAGAAUCAUCGCUUACAACAAAAGUUCUUUGUCAUACUUUUCGCAUCUCUCUACUCGGACUGACCGUCUGGGGCUGUUACCGUUACCUCCUUCCUUCGUCGCUUACCGAUGUCAUUCUGUCACGUCGUCCCUUUGAAUGGAUUUCGCAACUGUUCAGCCACUGAUUAUUAUAGACUCGAGAAGACGUUUCGGUGGAGUUACAAGAAAAGAAUCGUCUACAGAUUUGUAUACAGACUGUAGUGCCAUGGUUAAUUGUCAACCUAUCCAUAUUUUAUCGAAUUCCUCACAAAGAAAGAAGAAAAACUAUUUUGUUAUAUAUCAAAAAAAAAAGAAACCAUAAAAAAUUUUCUACAAGAUAUAUAUUAAUAUAUACAACUGCCAUUUUUUGCCUAUAAUUUCCAGAUAUUCAAGGUAAUUUUGAAUACGCCUUAAGAGUAAAGACAGUUAGCCGUAAAGAAUGCCAAAAAAAAUAUAAUAAAAUAACUCAAAACUUGUAGAUUUUUGUAAGUUUUUAAAUGGUGUUUCAUGAAUUUAAACCUGCAUGGUGUUUGGGACUGUACAAAACUAGACAGGAGACAAAUAAAAGUUUUUAAAUAGCAAAAAAAAAAAAAAAUUAGUACUGUAUUCAUCAAUAUUAAAUCAAAAUUUAUUGUAGAAUCAUUGAUAAGAUCUUACUUAGCUUUUAUUGUAGUAAGAGCAAUUCAGGAAAUGUUAAACAUACAACUUGGUACAAUAAAACUUGUUACUACCAAA